AUAAUAUGUAGAAUUUAUUGAGCUACCUUGUUAAGUAUUUCAAUUCUAACAACAUGGACGGAAAACUAAAGGAAAAUAAUGGUAAAAAGCGCGUUUUUCAGUUGUCUUUGAAGAAGAAUAGAAAGAAUGUGGAUGAAGAACAAAAAAAUAUGGAUAGAUGCUCUGAUAUAAUAGUUGUUGACGAGUCUUUUGAUAGAUUAAGAUCCGAAUAUACGAAAAGUAAAAAUAACCAUCAAACUUCCACAUUAAGUUAUUCUCCUAUUCUUAUAAAUGACUCCAGCGAUUCAUUUAGUGAAUUAGCUGAAUCAGAAAAUGAACCGAGUAAAAUGGGCAAUGUAUCUUUCAAUGGUUCCAAAUCAUCUCCACAGAAAAGCACGAAACAACCGAGUAUAGGAGGCUGGUCUCCCGCCCAAAAUAUUGUAUGUGCCACUCCAAGACAUGACCAGCCUUCCACUCCAAAUGAAAUAGCCAAUGAAUCACUAGAUAACUGUUCAUUAAAAACAGUUCAGAAAUCACAGAAGAAACUCCUGAAUGAUCUGUAUGGAGAAGUGUGGAAGUCCAUACCAAGUUUGUUCAAAAGUGUACAUCAUGGGGAAUUCAAUGGUGUGUCGAAGAAAUUGUACUUUGAGGAUGAGGAUGAUGAAAAGGAAAAUAUUAGGCAGGACUUAAAGCAGAACAAGGAGCUAUACCUUACUGGCUCUGAAACGAAAACAAGAUUGGAGAAUAACAGUGAUACAGAAAAGAAAUCCAAAAAGAAAUUGUUCACGGAGAAAAUUAUGAACACACCCGAAGUACCAAGGAUCAAAAGGAAUAUCAAUUCAACUACUAAGAAAAAUACUAAAAAGGGUCUCUCAGUGACCGAAUUGGUUAUGAGUAUGAAUAAGGAGCUUGAUGUCAUAGAGAAGAGAAUAAACGAUAUCUCUGUGACUCCCACGGUUCACAGAUUGAGUUUCAUGGCGUCGCUGGCAGAUAACGUUCCAUCGUGGCGCUGUCAUCCCGAGGCCCUGCAGUACAAGGAUAAUUAUAAAGCUUUAAAAGAACAAUUGACGAGGCGUUUGUUCGAGGAAUUUAAUCGUGAAGUCUUCGACAACGGCCUGGACGCCGACAUGCCCGUGUGCUGGGACACCAGGCUGCGGAGCACCGCCGGCACAACAACGAACCGGUUGAUAAAGACGUCGAGCGGCGCCAGGAUACGCGCGUGCAGCGUGAAGCUGAGCCACAAGGUGCUGGACUCCCCGCUGCGGCUGCGCGACACGCUCGUGCACGAGCUGGCGCACGCCGCCGCCUGGACCAUCGACGGACACAUCCGCGCCGGACACGGACCGCUCUGGCAGAAGUGGGCGCGGCGCGCGCUGCAAGUGUACCCGGAGCUGGGGGAGAUCAGCCGCUGCCACGACAUGCAGAUACACUACAAGUACACGUACAAGUGCGCGCAGUGCGGAUACAGCAUACAACGCCAUUCGAAGUCCAUAGACAUCACGAAGAAGUGCUGUGGACAUUGUCGGGGAACGUUCCAGCUGAUUCUCAACAAGAAGACUAAAGAGGGGCUCGUGGUGUCCACCCCGGCGCGGUCCGGGGGCGCCGGCGGGUUCGCGGCCUUCGUCCGGGAGCACUACGCCACGCACAAGCCGGGCCGGGACCACGCCGCCGUCAUGAAGAUACUCAGCGAGGAGUUCGCCAGGAGCAAGGCGAGUUGACAGCUUGACGCGCCCUGUCAACUUGAGGUCCAGGGACGGAUAAGCUGAUUUCCACGAGCCGUUCCGUGUCUUAACACAAAAGUCAAACCACCCACAACGUUGAUUAAGAUCAACAAUGUGGGUAGUUAGAUUUUUGUGUAUCGGAUGUCAGAGAGAUUGGUUUGACGUAUGAAAUGUUUUUAAAAACAAAUGUCCGUAUUCAACGACACUCGCAGGUAGAUCUAACAAUUAGACUUCGGUUUUAUAAGACUUUUUUGAAAGUUGAAAUGUUUAGUGUAAAUAAUGACUUGAGUCACGACAGCUCACAGCUCUCAGUAAUUUUAGUGUAAAUUAAUCAUAAAUUCCUAGCGAAUGUACCUACUGGGUGGCAGCCCUACGUGCUACUGGGUUGAAUGAAACUUUUGUUGUAAUAUUUUAUUUUGUAGAAUAAUUUACAUUGAAAGUAUUUUUAGGAAAAUUGACCUUUUUUUUUAAAGAAAGUGUUAUUAUACUCUACUGGUGCGUACGUACGGACAAAACAAAUUUACAUUUAUCAAUCAUUCGUUUAUUUAUUAUUAUUAUUGUAAUUUUAUAUUUUUAAUUUUAGAUAAUGAAUUUUCACUCUGUGUAUGUCGACUGGAAGUGGCUAUAUUAUAGAUAGCACGUUGUGUAAUUUGACUACUUAAUUUGUUAAUAGUUUAAUUUAUUUUUAAUUUAACUUAGACGUUG